AUGGCCUACCUCGAAACAUACAAUUUGGGAGUCACAGGUGGACGAUCUGGCCAUGUUGGCGUUGGCGGAUUGCUGGUGUCCGGCGUUGAGGCUAAUACCGAGGAAAACGCAGACCUCUUCAAGGCUUUGAAAGGCGGUGGAAGCAACCUGGGAAUUGUCACUCGGUUCGACCUUAGAACCUUUGCCGUACCCCCUACCGGUGCCUAUGGCGGCCUGAUCUUUGCUUCCUGGAGCGACUUGGAUGUCGUUAUUAACCAGUUUGUCAGCUAUGCCAGUUCAAUUGGUUCCGGCAACCCCGACCACGAGUUUGUCGUCGAUCGAUCCGACGCCGGCAACCUUGCUGUGAUGGCCAUGGCAGUCAGCACUGACGGCAACGAAAACUUGACGACGUUUGUCCCGUUCAACGACAUUACUCUGACGAGGGACAUGAGAUCCAAGCAGCCUCUCAGCAAGAUUGCGGCGACCAUUGCCGACACUGGCGGAUCACAUUACAUCCCUUUCUCUCUCUCUCUGCAAGCCACUCCGGAGAUCAUGAAAAAGGCUGCCGACAUCUUCGUGGCUCUGACACAAGAGUUGGAUGCCACAAGUGUUCCGGUUUCCGUCAACUUUGAUUUCCAACCCCUACCCAAGAACCUCGCCUCGGUCAAACCCGGCAACAACAUCCUAGGCUUCGACAAAAACCUACCUGCCGACUCAAUUCUCUCGGAGGCUAGAGGCACCCUGGAAGCUACUGAUGUAGAGUGUGGAGGAAUUGUUGAGAGAAUGAUGGGUAGGGCCAUCGAAGAGCUGAGGGCGUACUCUGCUUCUUUUGAAGGUCACUCGACAUUUCUGUACAUGAACUACGCCAACCCGGAACAAGACGUUAUUGGAUCCUAUGGCGCAGAAAGUGUACGGCUACUGAAGGAUACGGCUGCAAAGUACGACCCGGCGGGCUUCUUCCAGCGUCGGAUUCCUGGAGGGUGGAAGGUGAGCCGGGUAUGA